AUGAUGGAUAUGAAGAUGCCAGGGGCCCCCUGGCUGGAUCAGCCGGUGACGCUGCACUCAUCUCGUGCCGACAAAUGCAAGCUGACCGAUGCUCAAUGCCGCUAUCGCAAUUAUAGUUGGCGCUACUGGUAUGAAGCCGAUCAUGUCUAUGCGCUAAACACGGUGUACUUUAUGUGUGCCGUGAUUGGUGUGUUUAUGGUUUCCAAUCUGCUUGUCAGAUUUGCGCCUGAUUGCGUAAAACGGACAAGACCAUGGCGUAUGUUCACUUCGGUGUCGCGAUACCUUUCUUAUCGCGGAUUUCGAGCCCGCGCGUUGCGGUAUUGGUCGCCAGCACUGGGGGUGGUGAUUUUGGGUGCUCUAGGCGCUAUCUUCUUCUUCGCCAUGACACUCGGCCCGAAACCCUAUUACUGGCCGACAGACGCUUCUUAUGGAGGAAGUCCACCCCUUGCGACUCGAGCUGGCUGGAUGGCCUUAGGGCUAUUACCCUUUGUGCUUGCUCUGAGCACAAAAGCCAAUAUGAUCUCAGCGUUGACUGGUAUUCCGCAUGAAAAACUCCAAGUUUUCCACCAUUGGACUAGUUAUGCGAUGUUCGCUUUGGCCUUGGUUCACACUUUCCCUUUCAUAAUCUAUGAUAUUGGACAAGGGGACAUGGUGAAGAAUUGGAAGACAAGUGUGGCGUACUGGACAGGAGUUGUUGCUCUUAUCUCGCAGGCAUAUCUAACCCUCAUGUCACUGCCUUUUAUUCGGAAUCGAUUCUAUGAGUUCUUCAAGGCUACUCACAUCUUCAUGGCCGCGGUCUUUGUCGUGUUCUUCUUCAUCCACUGCGAUUUCCGACUUUCUUCCUGGGACUACUUUAUUGCUUCCGGUACAAUAUAUAUGGCCAAUCUGAUCGCAUCACAUGCCCGUACUUAUCUGAAGCACGGCCUCAAUAACGCCAGUCUCGGGCUCUUACCAUGUGGUCUCGUCAAAGUGUCCGUUCCAUCAACUAUGAAAUGGACGCCCGGCCAGCAUGUAUUUGUGCGAUUCCUAACUUCAGAUUUGCACUUACUCACUGCUCAUCCAUUCACCAUCUCUUCCACAUGCCGCACGCCCAACGAAUCCGGCAAAUCCUCAGAACUUGUCUUCUACAUCAAGCCCCGAGGCGGAGUUACAGGACGCCUGAGAGCGAUGGCAGCAAAGAGCCCAGGUUGUACCAAGAAGAUCCUCAUAGAAGGCCCAUAUGGUGGUGUCAGUGAGCCUCAUAUGGCUCAAUUCGACACUAUCCUAGUCAUCGCCGGUGGCUCGGGAGGCGGGUUCUCCCUGGCCAUGGUAGACGAAGCACUUCGUCUCACUGGAAUGGCACUGUCAGUGAGCGAAAAAGACAGAACUCACCGCCGAAAUCUCCAAGUCGUUUUCUCCACUCGUGAUCACGCCAUGGCGGACUGGUAUAUCGAAGAAAUCGAGUCCCGGAUUUCGCAAUCAACAAUGCUAUCAACAGACCCAGAGAACGGGUUCGAAACCUCAGUAUCUGUCCACGUGACAGAUCAACGUCACUCUGGCUUCUCUUCAUCUUCGGAAUCUGACGAUGUUACGGGUACAGGUGGGAAGAUGCCUCCAACCGAGGUGACGACUACCGGAAGUUUCAGUUUGAACGUCCACCGCAAUGCACGGCCCGACCUGCCUGGGAUGAUUGCGCGCACUGUGGCUAUGGCUCAUGUUCAAGGGGCGCAUUUGCAGAAGAAACAGCGUGUCGGAGUCCUGGUGUGUGGUCCUGCGUCUAUGCUGCAUGAUACCCGAAACGCAGCCGCAGUAGCGCAGGGCCGUGUGUUUGGUGGCGAAGUUGAGGAGUUGUAUUUGCACUCUGAACCAUUUGUGUAA